AUGAUAAAUAAUUUCGCCAAAUUAAGUGAAGGUGUCGAGAAAUAUGAUAUUAUUAUUUCUGAGAAUUUAUUAUUUCUACCAUUUCUAGGUGAUUGUGGUACGAAAAUAACAUCAAUUUCCUCGAAAAUACGCAAUAUGUUUCAUUGUGACACUGUUAUUAAAUUGGGCACGGAAAUGGCUGCAGCCAAUAUGUUGCGAUAUGGGUUAAUGAAUAAUCGCUCUAACGAAUGUGGAUUAAAACGCACUUUUCCCAUGGAAUCGAAAUCUUAUGCUAAUUUCACUAAUGUGGCACCACGAAAGAAAACGGCCGUGAGAACUUCAAAUGCUGAUGAAUUAAAUGAAAUUCACAAGAAAAUAACGGUGUUUAAUCAACAAUUAACUGAAGCAUCUGCUGAAUUUGAAAAGUAUAAUCAUCUUUUUAAAGAAUAUCUUGGAAAUUAUGCCGUAAAUGCUGCCAAUUUGGUUUAA